UUUCUUUUGCUGUGACCACAUUGUCACUUUGACUUUAAUAAGCAUAAUCCAAAUCCAUGAUGGUAUUGUAGAUACGACUCUCUUUAGAAUUUUACAAAAUUCUAGUUUCAUUCUGAGCAAAAAUGGGUGACAAAUCCGCUAAGGGCACUCAAGCUCAAACCAAGAAACCUACGGGCAAACAGUCAAGUAAAGGUGGUCCUUGCCCAUGGCUGUGCAACCAGGUGCCAGUCAAUGUGCCACAGCCGGGGCCGGCGCAGGCUGUGCUCCACCCCAAUAAAGAUGUAUUUGUUCUGAAGGUAGCUAAAAUUGGGCCCCAUGGAGAUCGGCGUUGCAAAAUGGAACUGGAGUUAGUUACGCCCCUGGGGCCCGACAACAAGCCACCGGGACGAGUGGACACGCGGGAAGCCCAGUGCGACCCCGACCCUCCCCCUUGCUGCUGCAUGAGGGUCAAAAGGAAACCCAACAAGUGAUCAUUAUCAAACAUGUAUAACUAUGUACAGUUUUAAUACAGAUAUCUAUCAAAUGUAAUACCGACAACUGCGUCAUUAGUACCGCUAUGGUUCAAAAAGUGGAACCAUGUUACAUUCUUUCAUAUUGUUUAUUGGCAAAAUAAAUUAUGAAAAAAG